CUCACAUUAAUUUCUCACAUCGCUAACAACAAAUAAAUCGAUCAUAUAUUUUGAUUCGGAAUUUGGAAUGACACUGUUUUGAUCAUUACGAUCGACAGUAACAUUAAAUUUUUUUUCGAUAAUCAUGAACGAUCGUCCACAAACUAUUCAGACAGGAGAAUUAGUGUUAAACAACGUUACGUUGGAAACACAAAAAGCUUCGGGAGAAUUUGUCAACAAUAAAUAUCUGGUUGAAAAUAUUUGUUCGAUUAUCAAUACAUUACGUGCUCAUCAGACUAAAAAAUUGACCAAAGAUCAUUUCCUUGGAAUGACCAUUCAAUUUUCUGAUCAUUAUUAUAAAAUAGAUCUUUCCAAAGGAGAUGAUCGAUUCAUCAUUGAACGUUAUACGAUUACACGAGAACAUUCAUCAUUAUCAUCUGAACAUGCUUAAUUGAAAACGUAGAUGGAUGGUUGAUUUUGAAUUGUUUAUUUUUUAUAUUUAUUGUUUAAUGUAUUCAAUGAUCAAUGAUACAAUAAGGAU